GGACUGUACCUUCUUCAGUGUAUUUGUUUAGUGUUAAUCGUCUUGAUACUUGACAACUUGACCGCCCGACGUCUGCCAUUUUGUGUAUUAGUGGAAAACCACUAUCGAGAUUGCUGGCGUUCCAAAAAGGCAUCGAUUUUCGCUGUUGGUGGCGAUCGUGGAAGUGUGCGAAGGUACGUCAGGGGCUCCAGAGUGGUUUUUUGGAUUUUGAGUUGGAUCUCGUAGCCGUAUCGGCAAACAUGUCAGAUUUACGCAUGUAUACUAAACAAUUUCUGACGGAAUUUAUUCAUCUCUACAAAAGUUUUCCAUGUCUCUGGAAGACGAAAUCCUCUGAAUAUAAUGAUAGGAACAAAAAAAAUCAGGCCUAUAUGGAGUUGGUCUAUAAGUUACAAGAAGUAGAGCCAGAAACAACGAUAAAUUCAGUAAAACGAAAAAUUGACUCACUUCGAGGAUCUUUCAGAAAGGAGUUGAGAAAAGUGAAUGCUUCAAGGAAGUUAACAGGAAACAAUGACGAUAUAUACCUACCUAAACUUUGGUAUUUCAAGGAACUGCUGUUCUUGACUAAUUACAUGGGACCGAGAAAAACUGAGUCAGAUCCAUUAUGUCAGGAGGAUACGAUACAGGAAGAAACGCUCACCUUAGAAUAUCCCGAAACCAUCGAUAUUAAGUUUGAUCCACCAGUCUUCAGUCAUCCAAAUUCCCCUUCACCUUCGGAGUAUUCAAUCUCGAACAGUGGCAUUAAAAGAAAAAGAAAUGCUGAGGACCUUCUGGAUGAAGUCGUCGAGAAAAUUAACAGAAAACUUGAUAACGAAGACAGAUUCGAUGUAGCGGGAAAACAUAUAGCGAACAAACUACGAGAUCUAUCGAAAGAAUCCGCGUUAGUCGCAGAGAAAUUUAUAUCUGAUAUACUUUUCGAGGCGGCAUUGGGAAAUAUUUCUCGAUAUACGGAAAUGUCUUUGACUAGCGUGCCACAACAAGAGAUCAUAUAAGACAUGAAAAGGAUUUGAGUUUUUCUAUCUUUUCAGUUUAGUGAGGCCCGAUUUUGUUGUAAACCCGCAGCGAUGACCUUUCGGUCUCUAAAGUUGGUUUGCGGAUCAAAAUUGAUCAACCAGAAGUAAUCGGAAUGAAUAUAGUCGGAUCACAUUAAAUUCGACCAACCAGUAACAAGUAUGUCCACGUUGUAAAUAAUACAAACAAAUUUAAAUAUCUGUAGUGCUCCUCAGGAGAUUUUGAGAGACAUUUUAGAGGAAACCGAUAUACAUUUAUUCAUUACUUCAAAAACGAUUAGUUUUGAUCGAAAGGUUAUUAAAUAUGCAGGUUUAUAGUGAAACCACACCUAAUAAUAGUUUGUCUUCAAAGCUUAUAGUAAGAAAUACGUUUCAGUUCUUUUAUGUACAUUAUAUUCUUUAUCUAACAAUAAAAAUGUUAUGUUGUUUAUAUUUUGUUAUUAAAAAAAUAAACAAAUACACUUAACACUAUGCUUGA